CUCAUUAUCUUGUCGGUAGACCACCCAUGACCACAAAUUGAUAACCGUUUAUGAGUAAGUUUUGGAUCAUUACGGUCGUCAGCGGUGGCGGCCAAAACAAAAUCAUCUUCCCCGAAUUGCCCAAGUUAAACGCAGGAAAAGCAUGACUUCUGUCGAUGCAUUGCAUAGAGAGGAUGGCUACGAUCCGUUCAAACAUCGUCAGGUGGAGAAGCCCAACUCGUAGAACUAUUGGAACCUUGAUUCAUAUGAUCAAAGGAUCGCUGGGGACAGGUAUUAUGGCAAUGCCUCUGGCGUUCAAAAACGGAGGAUUGAUAUUUGGUACCAUUGGAACGAUAGUGAUUUGUGUGAUUUACACGCAUUGUGUUCAUUUACUGGUUGGUACAUCUCAGAAAGCUUGUAAGAAGAAUCAGACUCCUGUGUUGGGAUAUUCAGAAACAGUCCAUGCUGUAUUCAGUGAUGGGCCUACCAAAGUGAGACGUAUCGCAAAGUCCACAAUGGGAUUCGUCGACGUAAUGAUCCUCAUCCAAAGCAUCCUAACCUGCUGUUUGUUUCUGGUGUUCAUAGCCAAAUCACUACACGAUGUGAUUUACAACCAAUUGGACGUAGAUUGGGAUGUACGCAUCUACAUUCUCAUUGAGUUGAUUCCGGUCGUUGUCAUUACGCAGAUUCGCGAAUUGAAAUAUCUGGUUCCGUUUUCUUUGAUAGCCAACGCACUGCUCAUCAGCGCUAUUGGGAUUACGCUGUAUUUCAUUUUGAGUAAACCAUUUUCGCUGGACAACAGAAACCUUUGGCCCGAGUGGAGUAGUGUUGCUUCCUUUGCUAGCGCAGUGUUAUUUGCAAUCCAAGGAAUAAGAUAUGUUCUCCCUGUUGAGAAUAAAAUGAAGCAUCCACAGCACUUCUUGUCCAGCUUAGGUGUACUGAACAUAGCGAUGGCUUUUCUGAUCUCACUUUACACCAUUACGGGGUUUUUCGGGUAUGCACAAUAUGGAGAUAAAACCGAAGGAUCUGUUACUCUUAACCUGCCAAGUGAAAACCCAUGGGCCGAAUCAACACGUCUGCUCUCGGGAAUCGGCAUUAUGUUCUCCUUAGGGCUGAGCUACUACGUCCCCAUGGACAUCAUGUGGAGUCACAUUCACAGCAGACUGUCACAAAAAUGGCACAAUUGGGGCCAAAUCAUAGUUCGUUUUACGAUGCUGGUCAUAUUGGCUGCAGUGGCGAUCGGAGCUCCGGAGAUAGGUCCGUUUGUUGGGCUGGUGGGAUCUUUUGGAUCGUCAACGCUGGCAAUUCUGAUUCCCGUCACGCUGGAUGUCAUUUUCCGGUGGCCGCAUGGCUUCGGCAGAAUGAAGUGGUUGCUGUGGAAGAACGGCGUGUUGUUUGUUUUUGGACUGUUUAUUCUUGUAGCUGGAACGUACUUUAGCGUGAAGGAUGUCGUAGCAAUUUACCAAUAGGAAUGCUAGUAAAAAAGUUGCACAACAAAA